AUGGUUGGGAAAGUCAGCGAAAGAGUCCUCCUGCGGGAAGGUCUCGAGAGAACUGACAAUGGCAUGAAGCUGACGACAUGGCCUGAUGUCACCCCGAUUAAUCAGAAAAACUAUUAUACUGAUUACAUGAAGCGCGAUGACCAAAUCCUCGCCCUCCGCCUCCAGAGCGAUGCCACCCGAGAUCGACUAGUACAAAGUGCUCGGGACCGAGAUCGCGCUCUAUCCAAGACUGCCAAUGGGGAGCUACCACUUCCUGUCGCAGACCUUCCUGACGAAGAUGGUGCUACAACACCUUCGGCUGGCCUGGAUCCCUCAAGGGUCAUUGUGAUCCACCCAGGCAGUCAAAAUCUUCGAAUAGGCUUUGCGAGCGACGCCCUCCCCAAGACAAUUCCGAUGACAUUAGCGACCAAGUUCCCUCAGACCGAGUCUGAGAUGUACGAGGCCCUACCACGACGACAAUUUGAGGCCAAGACCCAGGAUCAACAAUAUGGCGAAGAGUGGUCAAAGAAAUACAAUAAGAUGUGCAAUGACCUCAAGGUCGAGAUGCGAGCCAAUAAGCGCAAAGUCUUGCCCAACUCGAAGGAACUUGUUCAGACUUUCAACCGCCGUACGGAACCCGAAGUUAUUCAGAAGCACAAUGACCCCCUUGAGAUCGAAUGGACUGAUAUCGAAACGCUCGAUGACCCCGACUCAUUAGCUUCGUGCUUUAUUGGACACCAAGCGGAGCGUGUUCCCGACGACUCGAAUCCCAAAUUCAAGCUUUGGUGGCCUAUACAACAUGGACAGUGGAAUGAAGAUGGGUACACAAGCCAGGAGCAUAUGUAUGAUGAUUUUGAAACAUUACUCGACAAGGCAUUGAGGCAAGAGCUUGGACUGAAGACAAACAGCGAAUGGCAACAGUACAGCUGCGUUUUUGUCAUUCCCGACUUAUACGACAAGAAAUACGUGGAGCAAAUCCUGCGAUCGUGCAUGACCUGGUUCGAAUUCUCCAGAGUGUGUUUUGUCCAGGAAGGAAUGGCUGCAACUUUUGGUGCUGGGUACACACAAGCCUGUGUUGUCGAUGUGGGAGCUCAGAAGACGGCCGUGACCUGUGUGGAAGACGGUCUUGUCAUCGAGGAUUCAAGGAUCAACCUGAAAUAUGGAGGCUACGAUAUCACGGACACAUUCCUCAAAAUGAUGCUUUACGACAACUUUCCUUACCAGGACAUGAACCUACGACGACGAUAUGAUUUCCUUCUGGCUGAAGAGCUGAAGAUUAAGCACUGCACCAUGUCGCAAGCAGAUAUCUCUGUCCAACUCUUCAACUUCCAUGUCCGGGCUCCUAACCAACCAACGCGGAAAUACGCUUUCAAGACAUACGAUGAGGUCAUCUUGGCUCCGAUGGGAGUGUAUGACCCAGCCAUCUUUGACAACAGCGCCAAGCUAAGAGGACGUCGUAAGCUGGUUGAGAGAUCUUACAACGCCUACGACGUUGAUAUUCCAGACGAUCCAACCUCUGCCGCCCAAUUAGCUAUUCUAGCGCUUGUCCAGCCGUCGAUAACGUCCAACGCCAAUGGCUUCACACUGUCACAGCCCGAUAUCUCAACUCCUAUCAAAGAGAACAAACAAUUCAACUUCCUUGGAGCAAAGGAGAGCAUGACCAAUGGAACACCCAUGGGUUCUCAUGCCGGAUCUCCUGCGCCGGAGGGCGCUAACACGCCGCUUCCCUAUGUAUUUGGUAAGGACAGGGAUGGUGUGAAUGGAGGUAGCCCAGCGCCCAAUGGUUCUCGUGCUGGAGGCACUCCUAAUCCUGGACAAACACAACCACCAGCAGGCAUGUUUGUCGAUGCUGCUGCCCGAACCGCUAAAUCCAUGGCCGCUGAGCGAGACGCCGUGUUACCGGUCGCUCCUCUCGACAUUGCCAUUCUCACAAGUAUUCAGAACGCCGCUAAGGGCGAUGAGAAGAAGCUGCGAGACUUACUUGGAAGUAUCAUGGUUAUUGGUGGUGGUGCCAAAAUUCCUCACUUUACGGUUGUACUGGAGGAGAAGAUCAAGGCCCGACGACCCGAACUGAGCGAUCGGAUCCUCGUGAGUCGAAGCGCGAGAGAUAUGGACGAACAAGUUGUCACCUGGAAGGGUGCCAGUGUGUUUGCUAAGCUGUCGACCAACGACUCAUGGAUUACACCUUUCGAAUUUGAGAGGCUAGGUGCCAGGACUCUUCACCACAAGGUGCUCUGGGCCUGGUGA